AUGGACUGCUGUGAAGACCUGGUCAGAUAUCUGAGCUUUGGGAUGAUCCUGAUGGCGCUCGGGUACCUGAUCCAUCACAGGAAGGCACAGACCUCUUAUGGGCGCCACAUGGGAAUCUCUCAUCCGGAGAGGAUGGUCCCAGCAGCAGUGGCAUGGUUCCUGCAAGAGAUGCCAGCACUCAUGAUUGCUCUUCUUCUACUGUUGACCUCGCACAGACCCUCCAGUAUGGGGAGGAAUCUGCUGCUCGGGACCUUCUGUGUGCACUACUUUCAGAGGUAAAUCAAAAAAACGGUUUCAUCAUUUUUAUGUGUAUUUAAAUGGUUCAACUGCCAGAAAUUUUAAAAUAACUGUGCAUGUUUGGCUCCUGCAAAUAUUUGGACUCUAGGCAGCACUGCAAUCAGCUCAUUUCAAAUUUGAUGCCAAUAUCACGUCUCAAAAGAAUCUGGAACAUGUGUUCACCAUCAUGUUGCAUCAGCUCUUCCUUUGACAACAACAUGCUGUAAAUGUUUAGGAAAUCAUGAUUCCUAAAGUUGAGAAAUGAAAAUGUUUCCUCGUUCUUGCCAGGACUCCAGCUGCUUCACAAUCAGGGUCAAUAGGUGUUAAAAUCAAGACUGCAUCAGGCCGGUUUCUCAGUAGGACUCUUCUACUACAGAGCCAUGCUGAUAUAACAGCCUUUGACCCAGUCUGUCUGCAGGCUUGGACAUGGUUUCCUAUUUUGCACAGUACUGCUUUUACCUGUUUGUAGAUGAUGCAGUGAUUUCCACUACAGAGUCAUGUCUGUUUCAGUGCAGUGCCGCCUGAACAUCAGGGUUGUACAGUAUUGAUGCUGUUCUUUGUUGUUAUUAAGAAACAUUUGCUGAACUUUUUCCUCACGCGGUCUCUCACAGAGUGGUGAAUCUUUUCUUCUGAGGGACUAAUUUCUCUGGUUUCCCAUUUUUAUACUUGGUAAAGUGACUAACCUGAUGCAGAUAAAUGUCAUUAGUUGUGGUUUUUAUGAGUUUGUUGUGUUUUUGAUACUUAUUACUGGUAUCAGAUCUAAAAAUAGACAUAAUAUUUCCAAAAAGUUGUGGGUUGUAUGUUUUGAUAAGUUGUCUCUGCACCCUCUUGAACUAAAUUAUGAGGUUUUGAUUAUUUCCAACCAUGAAAUCUGUUUUUGUUUUUACACGGUGUCCAAACUUACUUCUAGGGAUUGGGGUGAAAUGAGGUAAACAUUUUCAUUGUUUAGAAAAUUGGACAUUUGCAGGAAAUGUUGACUUAUUUGUCACAUUAGCACUAGCUUCUCACAGCAGAAAUAUGUUUCAUUUUGCAUGAAAACAGUAACACAGAUGAUUUCCCUUAUUAUGAUUGAGAAAAAAACGAUGUGUGAACCUGAUAGAAAGCAGGUCACAAGUGUGUUGAGUUAAACACAGAGGAGGUAGAAGUUCUUCACUCUGUCUGUGUAAAUCAUAAUUCAUGGACACGGUUACAAAGAUAUUCAUGUGCUGUCAUACCACUGACAUGUUUCACCUGUGUUGUUUUUCUUUCAGGACGUUUGUGUACGCUCUGCUGACCAGAGGAAAGCCUUUUCCUCUGGGUGUGAUGGUGGCAGCCGGUUUCUUCUGCUCCCUGAAUGGUUCCCUCCAGGGUCACUACCUGCUGCACUGCGCCCACUUCGAUGAAGACUGGUCAGCUGAUUGUCGUUACAUUAUAGGUAUGAGCUUCAAAACUCUGACUCAUGCAGGGGUGGCCUCUGGGUUCAUGGACUCCCAGUUUACACACCUGUACAACCAGGUGACUCGAGAUCUUUCCUGCUGCCCAGUUAACUCAGAGGUUUCUCAUCUCUCUCCUAUGGCCAACAUAUAAAUCAUUCAUGCCUAAACUGGUGGGGAAUGAAAUAGACGUAAAAAUAUAAUCAUUUGCCAGUAACAUUAUCAGUCCUAGUCCUUUCAGUCGUACAAAACUACAUUUUUUUGUCUCCACUGAUAUCUGAAUACAUACAGUAACCGCGUUUAUGUGGGAAAAAUUUCUUGAUCCGAUUAAAAUUUUGAUGGAUCGGAUAAUAUGAAUCCACUGUUUAUAUGAGUGCAAAAUCAAAUGAUCCGAUCAUGACUUGCGUAUAUAUAUGCACCAAGCUUUAUUCAGAUUAGAAGCAUUUGGACAUGCGCAGAGUUCUCUAAUUUUGCUAAAACAACUGCAGAAGAAGAGUUGUAUUAACGCCUGUGCUGUCAACAAACCAACAAACAUGGUAGUUGCUCACUCCAUCAAACUCAGGAGUUUUCCUCUUUGUUAAAUGUUGUCACUAGAUGGCGCCCUUGCUUACUUAUUUUACUGUUCUGUCAAAAGUUGCACUGUGCGUGCAGAUGUGACAUCAUUACACUGUAUGAACGCCUUGUUAUGUUAUCGGAGGAGCAGACAUGGCACCCGCGGUUGUCUUUUAUGCCGGAAUGUAAAUAACGAAACCUCCUGAACUGACCCCAAUAAAUAAACCAAAGACUAAAGAGUGAAGAUCGAAUCAGGUAAGAAAGUCACGAUCAGAAUAAGUGUUUACAUGGACGCAUUUCGGAAUAACGAUCGGCAUAAACCACCCCUCUCAAUCGGAAUACACUGUCUUUCCGAUUGAGCCGAAUUGGAUCAGAAUCUUCCGAUCCACAUGUUUACAUGACGCAUUUUAUUCCGAUUGGGCAUUUAAUCCGAUAAUUUGUGCUCAUGUAAAUGCAGCUAUUGAUGUACUUAUGAUCUACCAGAGGUAAUAUUUUAGUCCACUUGUAAAAUAAACUUGGAUGAUAAAUAAUAAACAGAAGUUUUCCUCUAGGUUUACUCAUGUUUUACGCUGGAAUGGCCAUCAAUAUCCACAGCGACUAUAUCCUACGCAACCUGAGGGAACCAGGAGAAGUCAUUUACAAGAUUCCUAAAGGUACCAAGAGAUCAAACCUUGAUACUGUCUCAUUCACUCUGCUUGGUCUAUAACUGUCUUCUUCAUGUCCUGUAGGAGGUCUGUUUGAAUACGUGUCUGGUGCAAACUACUUAGGAGAGAUCGUGGAGUGGUUCGGCUACGCUGUGGCCACCUGGUCUCUUCCUGCGCUCUCAUUUGCGUUAUUCAGCCUGAGUUUUAUUGGACCAAGAGCCUACUAUCAUCACAGGUACCUAAAGAUCACUGUCACAGGUAUUUCGGGUUACCAUAGUCUUAACACCAGUGGAUAUUGUUCAACAUUAAUGGAUGUGGAAGCUACCUAUGACAUGGACUCUGAUGAGCCUUAUACCUGUGUGCUGAUAACAACCCAAGUAGAGGAUGUAGUGUCCAUGAUUUCCAGUUCUCCCCUCCACUCAGUCUGUCUUUUUAAGCCCAUGCAGUUAUUUCCACUACAGAGUCUUGUCUGUUUUAGAUGCAGUGCCACCUGAGGGCCCAAAGACAGGGGUUUCAUAUGUUUUCUUUGCAUAAUUGUUAAUGUAAUCUUUAGGGUUAAACUGAUUUGCAAACCUGGAAAUCCUUCUUCUUUCCUCGUGUGGUUACAGCGUCCAAACUUUCUCUGGACUGGGUUUGUACAUUAUCAUGUUCCAGUCCUGCUGACAGAUGAACCCUCCCUCUUCUCUGUUUCAGGUUUUACAAAGAGAAAUUCAAAGACUAUCCCAAGUUACGAAAAGCUUUGAUUCCUUUCAUCUUCUGA